AAGCCAAAUUUAGUUUAAGAUUAAUGAGAGAUAGAAAGGGGGAAUACCUCUAUCGGAAACCAGUGGAGAACAGUAAAGAGAAAUUAGAAACCCCCCUCAAGAGGAAGAGAAAGCGAAGAGACUCCCCGAGCCCUGAAGUGACUCAGAGACCGGACCCGCGAUGACGCUGGACCAGAUGACUCACCCCCUCGACUUCCGCAUGUACUCCUGGCUGGUCGCGAACACCUCCUGGGCCCCCAACGCCACCGUGUACCCGGCGCCCCCGCAGAGCUACCCCAUUUCGGACCUGUGGACGAAGGCCGCCGACGUCGAGCAUGCCAUUCUGGAUAUCGCCUUCCAGGACCUGCCUUUGGGCGUCAUCACUCUGCUGGCGCUGCAGAAGGGCGUGCGCUGCUCGAGCACGCUCUGCCACCCCGUGACCAAGCUCGCGGUGCGCUACAACAUCCGCUUCUAUGACAUCAUCAUCACCAACAUCCUCAAGACCUUCGUGGGCAUGUUCCUGAUGGCGGUCUCCCUGCCGCUCGUCCUCCCCGCCGUCUGCGCGUUCUGGCUGGCGUCCUGCGUGGUGAGCGCGAUCUACAGCACGAGGUACGGGGGCGUGUUCGUGAAGGCGCGGGGCAUGGACAGCGUGUGGGGCGUCGAGUCCAAGGAGAGUCGGCCCUUCAUCACGAUCUGCCUGCUGGUCUCCGGGGCGCCCAGACUCGAGGACAUCCAGAGGCACCUCCGGGAGAAGAUCCUAGACGUCGUCGAGGAGGGCGCCGAGAAGGACUUCAAGUACAAGAAGUUCCGCCAGGUGUUCUCCAAGGUGUGCGGCUACUACUGCUGGCGCGACGCCGAGGACUUCGACAUCGCCAACCACGUCAGGACGCUUCGGCUCUCGGAGUUGUAUCCCGGGGAGGAGAGAGGGGAAGAGGGAGCCACGGCCAGAAGAGAAGGAGAAGAAGAAAAGGAAAUGGGGAGAGGGGAGAGGAGCGAGGGCAUGGAUUAUCUGGUUCACCGCUUCCUGAGCGAGGAGGGCACACGGCCCUCUCCCCCGGACAGGCCGCCUGGGAGGUACAACGUGGUGAUUCGUCUCCACCAUGCUAUCGGCGACGGAGUGACGCUGAUCCGUCUGUGUGUCGAAGCCCUCGUGGACACGCCCCCUGUCGCCCCUCCCGUCGGCACGCGCUCCGGAAACGCCCUCAUGAAGGCAGUGAUGGCGGUCUGGUCCUGCCUCGUGCUCCCGCUGGGCCUUCUGCAGGUGGUGGCCAACUUCGACAGGAACUGCCUCCACGGGCGCCAGCUGUCCGGCAAGAAGGUGAUGACGUCAUCCAAGGGCCUCCCGCUGGCGACCCUCCGGCAGGUGAAGAUCGCCGCCUCAGCCACCGUCAACGAUGUCUCAUGUUCGUGCCUUUCUGCCGCCCUCGCCAAGCACUUCGCCGCAGAGGAGGUGCCACAGGUCACCGCCGUCGUCCCCGUCAGCUUCCACGACCUGCGCGCUCCCCUGACGCUCACCAACAAGUUCUCUGUCGCCACCGUCAAGUUGCCCUCCUCGCACUGCCUCGCUCCCGACGCCAGACUCAGGCACACGAAGACAAUGCUGGAUGGCAUGAAGCGCGACCCGACCCUCGCCGCUGUCUUCUGGGUCGUGAGAGCUGUGAGCGAAGUCCUUCCCGCUCCUGUGGCCGAGCUCCUGCUGUCUGGCCGGGGCGUGUCUGUGGCUGCCAGUAAUGUCCCAGGCCCGCAGACGGAGAUCAGCGUCUGGGGGGACAAGAUCGAGGACCUGCUCUUCUGGGUGCCCAACCGAGCUCCCGUGGGCGUGGGCGUGUCCUUCGCCAGCUACAUGGGCGUGGUCAAGAUCGGUCUCAACGUGGACGCUGCUUUGGUCCGGUCAAGGAGGGAAGCACAAAGACUCCUUGAAGACAUGGAGGAGGAGCUACUGGUCCUCCACAGGCGCCUCGUCCUGGGUCAGCCUUGAACUCGAGGGGAAUAAGGUCAAAGAAGGUCAAAUGAAGGAGCUCGAAGGGGGAAGGGGAGGGAGGGAGGGAGGGGGAAGGGGGAGGGAGGGAAGGUGGGAGAGAGAAGAGAGGGGAAGAAAGUUCAUUAUUCAAGUGGUUUUGGUUAUCAUUUGUUUUGUUUUCGGUUUAUCUCUUAAUUCUUAUCUAUUUAUCAGUACUAUGUGUAAUUCUUAUUUAUUGAUAUGUUCAUUUCUUUUAUCUAUCUGUUUGUGCAUUUUAGAAGGAAAGCUUUUUGCGUAGAUAAUGGCGCUUAAAAGAAGGGAAGAGAAAAAGAGAGAGACACUGGCAGAAAAUAUGAGAAGUAAGUGUUUAAAUACAAAGAAAGAGAGAGAGAGAG